AUGACAUUAAUCACACAAGCAAAUUUUAUUGAAAAACUCAACCGCCCGAAUGUUUUCCACCCGCGGACUUCCACAGUGCGAGACAAUCUCAAAAAUCUCUCUUUUCAUGUCUAUUCAUCUCAGCAUUUGAUACCAACUCCGUUGACUAAAGCAAGACAAAACUAUCGUUCUGAUCACACGACGCUUCCAACAUUCAUCAAAGACGAGCAACAAUAUCAACGAAAGAGCACACGUCCACCUUAUCGUACAUCUGUAUACCAUUCAUUACUUUCCAAUGCUACACCCGUGGAUCUACCAGUUCUUCAAUCUCAUCGUUCAAACCCGAAACUGCUUACCAUUGUUCGUGAUGAAUCAAUAAUGCAUUUUCCACGUCAUUCCGAUCCACCACCAACACCGUCCGAUGAUCUCAUGGAUCAGAGAUCUACAGAAACAAAUCGAACACGACUAACUACACCGCAUUUAUAUACAAGUGAUGGAGAAGAUGGUUUCGUACCAUAUCGUUUACCAGCACUUCGUCAAUCGACACGACAGCGACAAACAGAUAAACAGCAUAAAACAUUUCUGUCGACUUACUAUCAAACUCUGUAUGCGAAAUACUGA